ACCAAGUUGUUGCUUCUCGGCUAGGAUGCUAGACGGCUUUAAGUAAAUAUUUGUUUUUGGAAAAUACAAAUUAACCAACACGUAAUAAACACUAUUGACGUAUAUUUUGUGAAUAUCACACGCAGUAUAUGGUGAACAUUUAUAUAUUGCAUGGUGAUUACAGCAGAAAACAUGGAAGAGUUAUUGUCAUACGGAGCAAACAAAAGUAACAAAAAGAAAGUGGAGAUGGAUAAAAUACUACCGUUUGUUAUCCUGCCGCUUUUGCUGCUUUUAGCCGCUUGGUCACGAGCGUUUACAAUAAUCGUCAUGGUAGCUAUAGCUAUGGGAGCUCUCUACGUUUAUUCGAGGCCACGUCAGAAAAAUAGGUCACCAUUCUUCUUCUCCUGGUCACUCGCUUCAGGGAUAUACAUGUUCCUGGUGUAUGAGUUUGGUGUGAUGCAUUUACUAGAGAUCACGCAACUGGAGAACUUUGUGUUCCUCAUACUUCUGGCUUGCACUUGUUAUUUCUUCUAUAAAAUGAAGGCCAUUGCUGACUUUGAACUAGCCACUGGAUCGUCUAAGGGAAAGGAAUACAGUCCAGUUUUGACAUCUGACUCACAUUACUGCCAGAUAUGUCAAAUUGAAGUAAAUGAAAGAUUUUUCCAUUCAAUAUGGUGGGAUUGUUGCGUGCUCCGGCCGAACUACCCGUGCUACCUAGCGGGCCAAAUAUUCGCCUUCGCUACUCUGCUGUUUGGCACCAACUUGGCCCUGACUUCCAUAUGCCAGCCGUUUGUACUGAUUGGCACUAUCCUACUUCCAGAGGACUGCCAGGAUGUGUACUAUCAGAUGGAUUUGGCGAUAUGUUUCGCCACGUCGGUGUACGGAGUGGGGUACCUGCUCAUCAUUACGUUCUUGCUGCUGCACCAACUCCUGGUUUACAUACCUAAAUAUAGUGAACCUCAGUGGCGGAAGUUAGUCAACGUGCUGAAUGUGUGAAACUAACAUUAAUGUUCAACUGAGAAGCAAUUUAAGAGACUGAAUCGUGUAUUUUAGUCUGUCAAGUUUCCGUCACUAGAAAAAAGGGGCAAAAAAAACAGUGCGCGUAGUCUCUCCACGCGGAAGAAGUGAAGCUUCGUAAUUUGUUUUUCAAAAUUCGAGUUGGCAACACUGAGCCUUAACAAUUUUAACUAUAAAACUCCCGUGAGACUCAUACAUAUUUAAAAAUAUUUU